CGGACCAUUGGUUACACUCGUAUGUGAAGCUCGUGUUUUUUAUUUUAGUAUUAUGUGCUUAAUCCAAUUUAUUUGAUGAUCAUGGCAACUUCGACACUGGGCAGCACCAUCGGUUUCUCCUACUCAUCGUCUUCCUCGGAUAUCUCUGCUUAUUGUAUUCUCUCUUCAACCACCAGAUUCAGCUUCUCCAGCAUCAUUCCUUCUCCUCUCAAACUUCAAAAACAACCACCUGGAAGAAGAGCUAGAGCUCUAAUUGCUGUGAAAAUGGCUGCUCAAGCUUUUCAGGAAGUUCUUCCUCCAGCCCUCACUUCAGUUUCAGAGCCACCUCCUAUCUUCGAUGGAACAACGAGGCUUUACAUAUCUUAUACAUGCCCUUAUGCACAGCGUGUGUGGAUUACUCGGAACUGUAAGGGUUUGCAGAAUAGGAUACAAUUGGUUCCCAUAAAUCUACAAGAUAGGCCUUCAUGGUACAAGGAAAAAGUUUACCCACCUAACAAGGUUCCAGCUCUUGAACAUAAUAAUGAAGUCAAAGGAGAGAGUCUUGACUUAAUUAAAUAUAUUGACAGCAAUUUUGAAGGGCCUUCAUUAUUUCCUGAUGAGCCAGAAAAGAGAGAGUUUGCUGAAGAGUUGAUAAACUACGUGAAUUCUUUCACUGGAUCUGUGGUUUCUUCAUUUAAAGGAGAUGGAAAUGAAGCUGAUGCUACGUUUGACUACAUCGAGUCUGCUCUUUCUAAAUAUGGAGAUGGCCCAUUUUUCCUAGGCCAGUUCAGUCUGGUGGAUAUAGCUUAUGCUCCGUUUAUUGAAAGGUUUCGGCCGUUCUUAUUGGAAGUAAAAACGUAUGACAUCACUGCUGGCAGGCCAAAACUGGCAGCCUGGAUUGAGGAGACGAACAUGAUCGAGGGGUACCGGCAAACAAGGCGCGAUCCACAGGAACAUGUUGAUAGUUAUAAGAAGCGAUUCUUGAGCCGUUUGUGAAUGAAAGCCACAUCAGCAUAGGGUCCCCCACGUGCAGUAACGUGUAGUUGUUGCUUCUUGUAAUCAGAUAACUUCAUGUGUAACAUUUAACAAAUAAAGGAACGUCUUAGAUCAUUGUUCCUUUUUUUAAAAAAAAUUCUUAGAAAGAACCAAACUGAAUUGGUCAAAUUCCAACCAAAUUUGCUUUUGUUUGAAACGUAUUUUUACAAAGUGUAAUUUGGAAGGGCCAAGUUUGGUUCUGUUUUUGGCGAAAACAAAAAUAAAUCAAAUCAUUUAUAUGUUUACUUGCA